AGAAAAGUUGUCCCCUGCGGGCAGUGAGGUUAGAGCAGGGGCUCUGGAGGCGCGCGGUACGGAUCCCGGUGCACCGGGCCAAGUGGCUCCGGCUCUGCGCUCAGUUUCCCGAUCUGUAACACUGGCGUGGACAAUGGCAGCUGGGCGGCGGGACUGAACGAUGUGGGCGGUGCCUGGCCCGGGGGGAGGUUCAGUGAGUUAUUGCUGCUACUACUGCAGCUGGAGUCUGUCCUUUUUUUCUGAGCCGCACGGCGAAGAGUGGGGUCCCGGACCCCUGGGGGCUGGCCCUUGUCUCUGGGCCUGUCUAGCCCCAGCUCCUUCUGACUUGCCUCUCCCAGGGCUCGUGGCCUCAUUCUCAGGCGGUGUAAGGAUUUCAGAGCUGGUGAUUCUCAGGGGUGGAAAGCACAAGGGGCUUCUCCCUCCUGGCUCCCUUCUUCCUCUUUCAGAUCUGCCUUCUGGAGACUCCACCCAUCCUCGCAGAAGAGCCCAGAAAGAAGAUAUGGCUAUUGGACCCAGGGAAGCAAGGUCUCAAGUGUCGGUGACCUUCCAGGACGUGGCUGUGCUUUUCACGAGGGAUGAGUGGAGGGAGCUGGGUCCUUCUCAGAGAAACGUGUACCAGGAAGUGAUGCUGGAGAACUACAGCAACCUGGUCUCACUGGGACUCCUGUUUUCCAAACCAAAAGUGAUCUCCCUGUUGCAGCAAGGAGAAGAUCCCUGGAGGGUAGAGAAAGAAAGUCCUGGAGGCCCCUCUCUAGGAUGUAAGAGCAGUCCUAAAACUACAAAGUCAACUCAAACCCAAGAUUCAUCAUUUCAGGGGCUUAGAAGGAAAAGACUCAAAAGGGAUGAACCCUGGAAUUUCAUAUCAGAAAAACCCUGCAUAUAUGAAGACAGAUUAAAGAAACAAAAGGACAAAAAAGAAAGUUUACAAAUAAUUUCAAUCACCCAUACAAAAAUCCUCACUGUAGAAAGAAGCCAUAAAAAUACCAACUUUGGCCAAAAUUUCAGCCUGAACUCAGUCUUUGUUAAGCAACAGAGGGUUGCUAGGGAAAAAACACCCUCAAAAUAUGAAAUACAAAGAAAUAGUUUCAAGCAGAAUUCAAACUUACUUAACCAACCAAAAAUCAAAACAGCAGAGAAGCGGUAUAAAUGUAAUAUAUGUGAAAAAGCCUUCAUUCACAAUUCUUCCCUUCGUAAACAUCAGAAAAACCACACUGGAGAGAAAUUAUUUAAAUGUAAAGAAUGUUUGAAAGCUUUCAGCCAAAGUUCAGCUCUUAUUCAGCAUCAAAGAACUCAUACUGGAGAGAAACCCUACAUCUGUAAAGAAUGUGGGAAAGCUUUCAGUCAUAGUGCAUCCCUUUGUAAACAUCUAAGAAUCCACACUGUGGAGAAAUCCUAUAGAUGUAAAGAAUGUGGUAAAUCCUUCAGCAGAAGGUCUGGCCUUUUUAUACAUCAAAAAAUCCAUGCUCGAGAAAAUCCCCAUAGAUAUAACCCAGGUAGGAAGGCAUCCAGCGCAUCCCUUCCCGGGUGUCAGAGAAUUCAUCUCCGAAAGAAGUCCUAUUUGUGUAAUGAAUGUGGCAACACCUUUAAGUCUAGCUCAUCCCUUCGUUAUCAUCAGAGGAUUCACACGGGAGAGAAACCUUUCAAGUGCAGUGAAUGUGGGAGAGCCUUCAGUCAGAGUGCGUCUCUUAUCCAGCACGAAAGAAUUCACACUGGAGAAAAGCCCUAUCGAUGUAACGAGUGUGGAAAAGGUUUCACUUCUAUUUCAAGACUUAAUAGACACCGGAUAAUUCAUACUGGUGAGAAACUGUAUAACUGUAAUGAAUGUGGCAAAGCCUUAAGUUCUCACUCAACGCUUAUCAUUCAUGAAAGAAUUCACACUGGAGAGAAACCAUGUAAAUGUAAAGUGUGUGGGAAAGCCUUCCGACAGAGUUCAGCUCUCAUUCAACAUCAGAGGAUGCACACUGGAGAAAGACCCUAUAAAUGCAAUGAGUGCGGGAAAACAUUCAGGUGUAACUCAUCUCUUAGUAAUCAUCAGAGAAUUCACACAGGAGAGAAACCAUAUCGAUGUCUGGAAUGUGGGAUAUCUUUCGGCCAAAGUGCAGCUCUUAUUCAGCAUCAAAGGAUUCAUACAGGAGAAAAACCCUUUGAAUGUAACACAUGUGGGAAAACUUUUAGACAAAGCUCAUCACUUAUUGCCCAUCAGAGAAUUCAUACUGGAGAGAAACCGUAUGAAUGUAAUGCAUGUGGGAAACUAUUCAGCCAGAGCUCAUCUCUUCUUAAGCACCAGAGGAUUCAUACUGGGGAGAAACCCUAUAAGUGUAAUGUAUGUGGGAAGCAUUUCAUUGAACGCUCCUCCCUUACUGUACAUCAAAGAACUCAUACUGGAGAGAAACCCUACAAAUGUAACGAAUGUGGGAAGACCUUCAGCCAGAGCAUGAACCUUACUGUUCAUCAAAGAACUCACACUGGAGAGAAACCCUAUCAGUGUAAAGUGUGUGGAAAAGCUUUCCGUAAGAAUUCAUCCCUUAUUCAACAUGAAAGGAUUCAUACUGGAGAGAAACCGUACAAAUGUAACGAAUGUGGGAAAGCUUUUACCCAAAGCAUGAAUCUUACAGUUCAUCAGAGAACUCACACAGGAGAAAAACCCUAUGAGUGCAAUGAAUGUGGGAAAGCCUUUAGUCAGAGCAUGCACCUUAUUGUACAUCAGAGAAGUCAUACUGGAGAAAAACCCUAUGAGUGUAGUGAAUGUGGAAAAGCUUUUAGUAAAAGCUCAACCCUAACUCUGCAUCAACGAAAUCACACUGGAGAAAAACCCUACAAAUGUAACAAAUGUGGGAAAUCCUUUAGCCAAAGUACAUACCUUAUAGAACACCAGAGACUUCACUCUGGAGUAAAACCUUUUGAAUGUAAUCAGUGUGGAAAAGCUUUCAGCAAGAAUUCAUCUCUUACUCAACAUCGGAGAAUUCAUACUGGAGAGAAACCUUAUGAAUGUAUGGUAUGUGGAAAACAUUUCACUGGGCGAUCUUCCCUUACUGUACAUCAGGUUAUUCAUACUGGAGAGAAACCUUAUGAAUGCAACGAAUGUGGAAAGGCCUUCAGCCAGAGUGCAUACCUUAUUGAACAUCAAAGAAUUCAUACUGGUGAGAAACCCUAUGAAUGUGAUCAGUGUGGAAAAGCCUUCAUUAAAAAUUCAUCCCUUAUAGUGCAUCAGAGAACUCAUACAGGAGAGAAACCCUAUCAGUGUAACGAAUGUGGAAAAGCCUUCAAGCAUAGUUCAACCCUUAAUAAACAUCAGAAAGUUCAUACUGAAAAACUGAAUGCAAAUCAGAAAACUGUUAUUAAAGAGAAACGAUAUGAAUGUAGAGAAUGUGGGAAAGCCUUUCACCAGAGUACACACCUCAUCCAUCACCAAAGAAUUCACACUGGCGAGAAACCGUACGAAUGUAAGGAAUGUGGCAAGGCCUUCUCCGUGAGCUCCUCACUCACUUACCAUCAGAAAAUUCACACCGGAGAGAAACCUUUCGAAUGCAAUCUAUGUGGGAAAGCUUUUAUCCGAAACAUACACCUUGCCCACCAUCAUAGAAUACACACUGGAGAGAAACCUUUUAAAUGUAACAUAUGUGACAAAGCCUUUGUGUGCAGGGCACAUCUUACCAAACACCAGAAUAUUCAUAGUGGAGAGAAACCCUAUAAAUGUAAUGAAUGUGGGAAAGCCUUUAAUCAGAGUACAAGUUUUCUUCAGCAUCAAAGAAUUCACACUGGAGAGAAGCCCUUUGAAUGUAACGAAUGUGGAAAGGCCUUCAGGGUGAACUCUUCCCUUACUGAGCAUCAGAGGAUUCAUACUGGAGAGAAACCUUAUAAGUGUAGUGAAUGUGGGAAAGCUUUCAGGGAUAAUUCAUCCUUCGCUCGACAUCGGAAAAUUCAUACUGGAGAGAAACCUUACAGAUGUGGUUUGUGUGAGAAAGCGUUCAGGGAUCAAUCAGCCCUAGCCCAACAUCAGAGAAUUCAUACUGGGGAAAAACCUUAUACAUGUAAUAUGUGUGAGAAAGCCUUCAGUGACCAUUCAGCCCUCACUCAACAUAAGAGAAUCCACACCAGGGAAAAACCUUACAAAUGUAAAAUCUGCGGGAAAGCCUUUAUUCGAAGCACACACCUUACUCAACAUCAGAGGAUUCACACAGGAGAGAAGCCCUAUAAAUGUAAUAAAUGCGGGAAAGCUUUCAACCAGACUGCAAACCUCAUUCAGCAUCAGAGACAUCAUAUUGGAGAAAAGUGAUAGGAUUAUAGUUUAUAUGGCAGAGCUUUGAGACCGAAUAUAUUAAUUAUUGAAUGUAAGAGAAUCCAUUCCAGAGAACAGCCAUGAAAGCCUACCCGAAGAUGGAAUUUUUAUUUAUGGAGAAUCCAGCUUCACGGGAUUGUGGGUUUAAGAAUUUAAGAAUGGCAUGCCCUCCUAGUUCAGAACUGCCUCGAUUGAAUACCAGUAAUGUUUAAUUAGUCUGAAUUAUCAAAUAUCAUAACCAAAAUCAGGCUUCAUUAACAACAUAGAAAUUAGAUGAUCAAAUUUACAUUUUUACUAUUAAGAGAAAUUAUAAAAUUGUAAAAGACCAGGUUGAGAAGCAAAGGAACAAAAAAGAAAAUGGUCUAUAAGCAUUUCACUCACUUCUUUUAUAUAAGAGGGUUUCUACUUUCAAUGGAACCCUUUGUUCUCACCCACCCACUUUCCCGGUGUAAGGAAAGUGUAGUCACCAUGCAUUGGCCCCGGAGUUACUUAAAUUAUGUUUCCCACGUUAUGCUUCAAACCAUCUUCUCAGAUUUCCCUGACUUCGGUGUCCACUGGCUGCUUACCCAUAUUCUCCUCCUGGGACAACUCAUUUGAAUGGUGUGUCCCUCUUGAUUUACCACCUCCUAACUGGUGACAUCAUGUCACUUAUCACCCCAUUUGCCCUUGGGGAAUGUGGCCUCAUAUAAACAGUCCGUGAUUCUGGGAUAUCGCACCCAGACCCAGCAUUCAGAACUCGGGACCCCUGUGAGGCAGAGGUCGAUCAAACUUCUUGAGUCCCCCAGUUCCUCUGGGCCUCACCUUGACUCUGACACUGGGAUGGAACCUUAAAGUAGGGGCUUAGUUUGUGUAGACAUUACCUCCAGUUGUUCCUCGCUGUACUUACCCCAGUCAAGGGACUGCUCGGCUUCAGAUGUGACAAUCCAACCCCCUAGCAGUGUUCUAGGCCCCCUCAGCUUCUGUGACUUGUCAUUUCUUAACAUGCAACUGACACGAGUUAGAGCCCCAAAGCCGCUUCUCAAAGGCUCUGACCCCCUCUCUUGCCCUUGGCUGGCAGUCCUCUGUGUCCACUGCACUAGAGUAUAUAUUCGUUAACCCCAGAACAUUAACUGCUGCAUCCUGGUCCCUGACCUGUCCAGUUUUCUGAAGGUCUUGACUGUGUUCACAGGACAAACAGCUUGGAAUUUAUGCUUUGGCAUUUGAAAGUGGGCAUUUCCUCUCCUCCAUCUGGGUAUUCUACUAUUUAGAGACUGUCCCAUUCUGACAGUGGUGAGCUAUCUGUAGAGUAAUUCCAUGGGUGAAGAAGUCGAGAGCAUCAUGACAUUCCCUGGCAGGGCAUUAUCCAUGCCCAAAAGUUUUAGCGAUACUCUGUUCCUGCAGGUACGGUUCCUUUUCCAUCUUUGGUUCCUCACUGCUCAGUAGAAAUCACAGAGAUAACAUGUGUGCCUUCACACACACAGCCACUGGUAGCGCUGUCCCCUUCCCCACCCCAAAGGAUGGGGAGCCCACACUACUGCAAACUGGAACACACCACAUCAUGAAGACGGAAGAGCAAGUCAACCGUUGUUCUGGGAGACGGAGUGGCAAGUUCUUAGCCCACGGAGGUGCAGAAGAGGAUAGUCUGUGUCUUGGUGGAAUCAGUAGGCUCCAGGUUGAACACAGACUUGGAAGCUUCCAGCCACUCUAAAGCCUAAGUUCUCUAAAUUCAGCUUCCAUUGAAUAAAGGCUGCCAGUGUG